GCGGCUUGACUUUUUUCCUUCCGGGUCUAAGCGGAAGUGACGAUAUGGGCCGCAACAAACACAACAAUAACAGCGCCGCGGUGGAAGAUGUCAGUGAGGACCGACGAGAGACUAGGAAGAUGGUCGUAACCCUUGGCUGUUGAGAUUUUAUUUUAAUUUUUUCAAGAAAACUGAAGUAAUAGCCAUAAGACAAUACAUCGUAUAACUGAGAUUUGAAUGAUGGAAUCAUCUACAAAUCUAGAUGUUGGAGCCCAGUUAAUUGUGGAAGACUGUUCUGGCAGCUAUAGCCUGUCUCACAUGCCAGAUAUUAAAGUGGAGCCUCACCUCGAUUCCAGUGUUGAAGAAGGACCAGCUCAGAGUGUUGCCAUGGGAAUGAAAUUCAUUUUACCCAAUAGGUUUGAUAUGAAUGUGUGUUCUCGGUUUGUCAAAUCAUUGAAUGAAGAAGACAGCAAAAACAUUCAGGAUCAAGUGAACUCUGACCUUGAAGUGGCAUCUGUAUUAUUUAAAGCUGAGUGCAAUAUCCAUACUUCUCCUUCUCCUGGAAUUCAAGUAAGACAUGUCUACACCCCAUCAACUACGAAGCACUUUUCUCCCAUAAAGCAGUCAACCACAUUAACUAACAAGCACAGGGGAAAUGAAGUUUCUACAACCCCUUUGCUUGUAAACUCUCUUUCUGUUCACCAGCUGGCAGCUCAAGGAGAAAUGCUGUAUUUAGCUACACGCAUAGAGCAAGAAAAUGUAAUCAACCAUACGGACGAAGAAGGCUUUACCCCUCUGAUGUGGGCUGCAGCUCAUGGGCAGAUAGCAGUGGUAGAAUUUCUGCUUCAAAAUGGUGCAGACCCACAGAUCCUUGGAAAAGGGCGAGAGAGUGCACUAUCACUGGCCUGCAGUAAAGGAUACACAGACAUUGUCAAGAUGUUGCUCGACUGCGGAGUUGAUGUAAAUGAAUAUGACUGGAAUGGUGGUACACCUUUGCUCUAUGCUGUGCAUGGGAACCAUGUAAAAUGUGUCAAAAUACUCUUAGAGCAUGGUGCUGAUCCUACUAUAGAGACAGACUCCGGAUAUAAUUCCAUGGAUCUGGCUGUAGCCCUGGGCCAUCGUAGUGUUCAACAGGUUAUUGAGUCACACUUAUUAACACUCCUUCAAAACAUCAAAGAAUAAUGACAUUUUCGUCAUGAGACAAGACUUCGUAUGCGAAGAAAAACUGGGUUUUAGGACUGAUCAACAUGAAAAAGACUUGAUUUUUUAAAAAAUCAGCACCGUGAUCCCACCAUUGUUGGAGGACGGCAGGUGGGGGAGACUCUCAUUACUUUAGGCAGUCCUAGUUUGCCACCCAAACCAGGGAUUUUGGCAGUGUCUGUUGGCCUGCACCUUUUAAGCAGUUAUUGGUUGUGCAGAUGGAAAAGUUAGCAGCACCAGAGCUGCAGUGUUGAGCAUGGCCUGCCACCAGCAAGCCUUUCCCUUGCAGCAGUGCUGCUUUAUCAUACCAGAAAAAGACAGUGUACAAAAUCACAUGACGGAGACUGUUGUGUAACAAACUUCAGCUAAAUUUUUGGGCAAGAGAGUGCUUGACGUUUGGAUUCAAGAAAACUUUCUGAGGCUUUGCUCAGGCAACACUUCUCUCAUUGGUAAGAUUUUAACAUGAUUCUUGUCAAACCACAUCUAUCCUACUUUCAAAUAUUUCAUGCAAUAUUGAAUAUUCUGUUUGACAAAGGAAUUGUAGAGAAUUUAACAUUGUAUAAAAUAACAUACCUCCUUAUUCUUCAUAAUCUAUUAAAAGCCUACUUGGAGCACUACAUUAGUGCAUAUGCUACUGAAAUGAGUCAGGCUGGUGCUAGGGAAUGCAGCAUAUGUAUUAAAAUUUGCAGUUACGAACCGACUAGGUACUCUUAGGUGAGGGUAGAAAGGCUUUCUCCGAUUGUACUCUACAAUCAGCUUGUAUAUCAACCCACAGAUGUAACUGGACUUCAAUAUACGUUACUUGUUUGCUGGUGAAUGGCAGAGGAGGGUCUAAAGAGUUUCAUCCCAUUUGUACCCUGCUUCCUUUCUGUGCUGGCUCAUGCUUAAAUUCCACCCAAGUCAUCUGAAAAUAAAUCCCCCAAUUAGCUAGUUUACUUGGAGCCGAAAGUUGUUCUGUAAGUAGUGAAGUUCUUUCAGGGUUAUACUUAAGAAUAUAAGUGAGUAAAUUUCCUGUUUGGAUGUUUUUAUUUUAUUUUAUUUUAAAAAUAAAUAUCGGCCAACAGCGAGAAAUGUUUUUCAGUACUUUUCUCCAAUAUGCUGGAUUUCUAUGAACCAGUAUUUUUUUUUUGACAUGAGAGAGGUUUGAAUCAUGUCCCUUUAAUUCUGAAAUGGUUAGGUUCCAUGAAACACCUGUGUUUUCUGAGCAUAUAGGGCAGAUCUUAAAACUAUGAGUGGAGAAUGUAGUCUGGUACCUUCACACAAACAAGAUAAACCUUUUAACAGGCUUUCUGAAAGGCUGAGAACCACAAACUUCGACAUGAUCCUCUGCUACAGGUCAAGACUUGUACCCAAAAUGUAGACAAGUAAAUGGUACUUGUCUUGCAUUAUGACUUUGUCAUACCCAAAGAGCCAAGACGUUCAAAUGGUCAAUACUGUGAACUUGUGAUUACUGAGAAUUUUGCACAGAUUACCAUGAAAUGUUGUAUAAAUGUAAAUAAACCCUUCCACUUUCACCCAGUGUACCUAAAAGUUGUCUGAAACAGCAAUGGGACUAUCUUCAGCUCCUAUGCUUGCCUAAAUAAGGUUGAAAUGUCUAAGAGUGAACUGUAAAUGUAUUUAAAUGAAAGAUAGGUAGUACAAUGUGCUCAAAGCCUAAGAGCUAGAAUAAUAAUUAAAACAAAUAUUUAUUUCCAAGUAAAAGUGUUUCAGACUUAGUAUAAGGCAGAUUGUGAACAGGGCAUCCUUUUGUGGUUACAACCGAUGAAAACGAGCCUCCUACCAUUUUUGCCGUAUCUCUAUCGCAUAUUACACGGAACCAUUAUUCUUCAGUUAAAGAACAAAAAAGCCCCUGUAGAAGUAACAAUGUUUUAUUAUAAAGUUAAAAGCAUUUAGCAUCUGUUUAAAAUGCAUGUUUCCAGUAAUGAAAAUAAACAUUUUUCUCUGAGGGGUAAUUGUGCAAUACUGAACAUGCAAUAGGUUCCCUGUUCUCAAGAAUCUGAUUAGCCAAAGCAGACUAUUUAAAUUCCUCCAUUCCCCCCCCCCAUGGACCUAUGCAAGUGUACCCCUCUAUAAAUGAUGUCUUUGAUGCACUAUGUAUUAGGAUGCGUCUGCCAAGUUUUUGCUCAAGCUGCUCAGCUAAACUCUUGUUUUGAUCUUGUAAAGUUGUGUCUUAGGUGUUAUUACCUAUUUUGAGAGUUGCAAGUUCUUCAUAUAGUGCAAAUAAACGGUUUUAAAAUGAAA